AUGCAACAAACACUAAAUUGCAGGCAAUGUGGCAAUAAUAUUGACCUAAAUUGCGAAAUCGAUGACAAUGCAAUGCAUCAAAACCUCAAUUCAGAUCCAUAUGAGAGUAGAGUUCAUCUCGAUGAAGAACAAAUCUCAGCUGAUGAAGUGCAAAUCUCGGCGGAUGAAGAGCAAAUCUCAGCGGAUGAAGAUUCAACUUCUAAAGUCAUAGAAACCAAUAUUGAUGUUGGGAGAACACUAUUAGGCAUCAGAACAAAAACCUUAGAAGAAAUGCAUGAGAUUUACAAAAAACAUGCAUCAAUUGUAGGAUUUUCAGUAAGGAAACAUACAGGUAGGACUAGGGAUAAAACUGGAAAAGUUAUUGUGGAGAAAUACUAUGUUUGUUCUGCACAAGGUAAAACAAACACUGAGGAAAGAAAAAAGAAAAAAAAAAUAGAAGCAAUUGUGGAGAAUGCAGAAAAUAAAAAGAAAAGAAAACCAAGGCUAGUUCCUAUCACAAGAACAGAUUGUAGAGCUUGUAUAAGAGUUAAGAUGAAUAAGGAUGGAUUGUUUGAAGCAGUACAACAUGUUUUGGUACAUAAUCAUGAACUCACAAGAAAACAAUGGCACUAUCUUCAUCGAUCUAAAAGAGAAAUGACUAAAGAAAAGGGACAAGUAAUAGAAAACUUGCAAAAGUCAGGACUUUCAGCUAUGGACUCAUAUCGAGCUAUGUGCAAUGAAGCUGGAGGUGAAGAAAACUUGGGACACACAAAGAAAGACCAUCUGAAUUAUUGGACAAGGUUGAAAAUGAAAAAUAUUGAAGGUGGUGAUGCACAAGCAGUCUCUGAGAUAAUGUACCAGGAACUUGCUAAUGAUCCUGAAUUUUUCUUUAGAUUUAGAUUGAAUAAAGAAGGCAAGUUGAGAGCACUAUUUUGGAGAUGCUCAAUGAUGAGAGAAGAUUAUAGUAUUUAUGGAGAUGUUGUAGUGUUUGACACAACAUAUAGGACAAAUAAAUACAAUUUGAUAUGUGCUCCUAUUGUUGGAAUUAAUAACCAUUGGAAAAAUUGCAUGUUUGGGUGUGCUUUUAUUGGAGAUUAG